CCAAUUGAUUCCACCUAGCCUACUAACUUACCAACUAACCUUAUUACUUUACUUUUUUCAUAUUUUGCACUUUACUUUCUCCCUUUUCCUAAAACUCACUUGCUACCAUUCUCUAACUAAAGGCCUAAGUAAGGUAAGGUAAAAUUACAAUCAAAGAGGUCGACUUUCGCUUCGUUAUCCUCCUUUUCUCUCUCUUCUUCUUGUGCUGCAAUUCAUUUUGCGGAAGUAGCUCCGAAUCCAGCUGCUACAAUUAAAUACGUAGUUGGUACUCGACUCGGUCUUUAUCCGACUCGUAAUUUCAUCUCGUGCUUCCGCAUCUUUGCAUUGCAUUUAGAGACACGGCUUGCGACGAACAAUCGCUAUCUAGCCAACAUGGACUACACAAAUGAGGAUUCUCAGAAUGCGGCACCUGGCAGUGUGCAGGCCGCUAAGCUCGGUAACACACGGAGGGGUCCCGAUGCACAGAGUGUCACCAAGAGGUUGCAGACAGAACUCAUGCAAUUGAUGACCUCGCCGGCACCAGGCAUCUCGGCCUUCCCGUCGGCUGACGGAAACCUUAUGUCGUGGGCUGCCACGAUCGAAGGCCCGGAAGACACCCCUUACUCUGGCCUUACCUUCAAGCUCUCUUUCUCCUUCCCAUCCAACUAUCCCUAUGCCCCACCGACGGUACUGUUCAAGACACCUAUCUACCACCCGAAUGUAGACUUUUCCGGCCGUAUCUGCCUCGAUAUCCUAAAGGAUAAGUGGACCGCCGCGUACAAUGUUCAGACUGUCCUGUUGAGCUUGCAAAGUCUGCUCGGAGAGCCAAACAAUGCUUCUCCAUUGAACGGCGAGGCUGCAGAGUUAUGGGACAAGGAUGCCGAGGAAUUCAAGAAGAAGGUCUUGGCCCGCCACCGAGAUGUGGAUGACGAUUGAACGUCUCUUUUAUAUACUCUGGGGCUGGGUUCUAUACUCCUGGUGGAGGAACUAUCCAGCAUGGAGAAUCGGAGUCAGCAUUUGUUUAGCUGGCCGAAAUUGACCAUCAUGGUCUCGGCCCUCACGUACGCAUUGCAUUUACAGGUUGUUUUCACGCUGCACAUGACCAUUUCUGUUACUUUUCAAGUAGGACGCGAUAGCAUACUGCCUAGUUCAUCAAUCAAUGACAGUACUAUCCCCUAAUCCGACACAAGAGGAAA